GUAGCGUUGGGGGUGAAGUUGGAGUCGAACGCCCUGGACAGGUAAUCCUCACAUAACUUUACCCUUUUGCGUUGGUUUCACCCCCUGCCGCCCUCGCCUGCACCCACUCGCGAGGAGGGGCUUAGGGGAGGAGGAUAGAGUUGGUCAUGGCUCUGCAGGAUCCUGUCUGUGAGUUUGGCAUUCCUCGCAUGUCAAGAAAUAGGAGAUUUUAACCCAAUCAUCAAGAUCAUCCAUGAUGUUGGAGACACUGCAGCAGAAGGAUCCUCCAUCAGAGUUUGUUGACAUUGCAGAGAGGAACCGGAAGAAUGAAAGUCUUGGGAUGAAUUGUGGUGAAAGAGUGAGUCAGGUGGAAGAAUAUGCAGCUGCUCAAGAAGAAUGGGAGGCUGUGCAGUGUGUGGAGCCAAUCCUGCGCUCCCCUUACAAAGAGGACCCGCACAAGAGCCCCAAGAAGUUCAUCAAUGGGUCUUCGUCCUCCCCGGCAAAAUCGCCAUCAAUGUCCCCGCAAGCCCUGGCCCCCAAUGUUCGGAUUACACCCCACACCGACUUUGAUGAAGUGUGGGAUUUCUUUACUCGGCAGGAUAUGAGUCAUGUGAUGGGAUCCAUAAAACCCACUCUUGAAAGAAGGGGAGUGAACGGUCUCUUCAGGACAAUUUUUGGGCCCAAGAAGCUAAAGGCAGAAUUAGUAGAUGAGAGAAACCUUCUUUUUGCAAUUGCUCAGUGUCAGUUUGACAACAGUGAGCCAAUUCACCUUCAAAUUCUUCAGACAGUGUACAAGGUUCUAACAGGCACCAAGAUAGACUGCCCACGCUUUGGCAACCACUGGGAUGUCAUUGGCUUUCAGGGUGUGGAUCCAGCAACAGAUCUUCGAGGCGUUGGCUUACUAGGCUUGGUUCAUGCUCUUCAUUUAUUAACCUAUGAAGCAGUACUGCCACUGGCAAGGGACAUAUUCCGUCUAAGUCAUGACCAGCACUCCCAGUUUCCAUUCAUGGUGCUUUCCAUAAACGUAACUCGCAUAUCGUUGCAAACCCUUCGGGAAGGUCAUCUCAACAAGGAGUGUAAUAGCCGUGGCAAUGUAAGACAUGUCCUGAACGAGUAUUUCACAGCUGUUAUGUUCCAUAUUUAUUGGAUAUGGAAAACAGAAUGCAAAACCAUAAAAGAUUCAGGUUUUCUGAUAAAAGAUGCCGAAGCUUACUGCAAGAGGAAUGUAAAGACAGUUUUGCAAAAGUUACAGGCACAGCUCCGCAAAUACUCGCAUCAGGAAGCUGAAAUGUUGUGAUUAUGCAGAAUAAACAUUUUUCUGUAUGUAUGGAAGGAUCUCAGUGAUAUACAAGCUUAUUCAAUAUGAUAUAUAAGAAGAGAGAGUGAUUGGUUGUGAGUAUACAGGUGUUAGGUGACCUUUUUGGUCAAGGUUUUAUAUAUAUAAGAAGACAAUACUUGAAUUAUUAGAUUUUCGUUCUGUUAUGUGCUCUAUAUGUUUAUUUUUAGAAGAUGGUAAAAACUCUUUUAAAGUGCCACAAAUACCAUACGACUAUGGCAUACUUGGGUUAAAAGAUUUGAAGUGGUUCUAUUUUGGGGUAUCUUAAAGGAUUGUAAAAGGCCUUUCACAAACAACUAUGAUGAGUAAAUAAAAAAAAAA